AUGUUAAAUCAUUCAACUAAUUCUAGUGUAUUAGAUUUUUAUAAUUCUUAUCCAUCAAUUCCUCGUGAAACAGAUUAUUAUUCAGUAAUAUCAAUUUGUAUUAUUUUUAUUAUUUUUAUUUCAACAUUAAUUUAUAUAAUUGCAACUAAGAAAUAUAGUUGUAGUAAAGAAAAUUUAAUAAAUUUUGUCCAAAAUAUAGAAAAAUUACCUACACAUAAAGAGAAAUAUUUUGACUUGGAUGUUAUAACAAUAGAAAAUAAUGGAAAAUGUAUCUCUCAAAAAUUAAAUGAUUUUGAAAAAAGUAGUCAAAUAACUUUUUGUGAUGAUGAUUUAAAAUCUCAAUUAACUAUAUAA